GAGGAGGCGGAGGAGGACGAAAACACAUGAUAACUGUGUUACAGUAUGAAAGGUUCCUCCCGAAACACAGGAGCUGUUGCUCUGUUUUUAUUCGUACUCGGCUGAAUGAAAUGUCAGCGGGAUUCGUUUGAAAGCAGAGAAACGGAGUCUCCAGCUGUCCGUGUGCGCAGGCCGGGUUGUCAGAGGAAUUAUUUAACUCAGAUGGGUCAGGCACUGUGGAGGCUGCCUCCCAGACAACAGCAGCAGCUUCAGGAAGAGCUCGCAGAGCACCUGGCUGACCGAGGGGAGGGAGGACGACGAGAGCCAGGGAGGGAUGGAGGUCCACCGAGGAGAGCCCCUCCGCACUGUCACGGCCCGGACAUCUACCACCUGCUGAGAACACGCAUUGGAGGUAAAGAGCGGCACGGUUUCAUAGAUCUAGAGAUGCUUCCUCCUGAAUUAGGCAUCACCAUAUUGUCGUACCUGAACGCCACCGACCUGUGCCUGGCCGGCUGCGUGUGGCAGGACCUGGGGAACGAUGAGUACCUGUGGCAGGGACUGUGUAAGUCCACAUGGGGACACUGCUCCAUCUACAACAGAAGACUCCCCGCUGGUUUCUCGUACAGGAGACUUUACCUGCAGCUGGAUGAAGGAAGCCUGACGUUCAACGCUAACCCACAGGAGGGUAUCAGCUACUUCAUGUCUAAAGGCAUUCUUGUCGAUCAUCCCACCGAGUUGGCCAAAUUCAUCUUCUACACCAGACGGCUCAACUGGAAGAUGCUGAGGAUUUAUUUAGAUGAGAGGAGGGAUGUGCUGGACGAGUUGGUGACCCUCCAUAACUUCAGUAACCAGUUCCUCCCCAAUGCCCUGCGGGACUUCUUCAGACACAUCCACGCCCCCGAGGAGAGAGGAGAGUACCUGGAGACGCUCAUCACCAAGUUCAGCCACAGGUUCUGUGCCUGCAACCCGGUACUCGUCCGGGACCUGGGCCUCAGUCCUGACGCCGUGUACGUUCUGUGCUACAGUCUCAUCCUGCUGUCCAUCGACUUGACGAGCCCUCACGUCAAGAACAAAAUGUCCAAGAGGGAGUUCAUCAGGAACACUCGGCGAGCGGCACACAAUGUCUCCGACGACUUCGUGGGCCACCUCUACGACAACAUUUACCUGAUCGGACACGUGGCUGCUUAGCUCUGCCUACCAGGAGAAACCCUCACUGCACUGAAGAAGAGAAGGGGAAGGAAGCUUUGGACGUUGUGGAAUGAAAUUUGAACAAUAAAACAAUGAAUAGAUCUUAAUAGAAAGAUUAGAAAUGACAGAACUCACCUCUGCACUGUGACACAGACUGUGAUGUCGUUACCUUUAAACCCAAGGUGUGAAACGUCUUUAUAUCCGAGUUGCAAAGAAGGAGAUUUUAAAGUGCAAACAUGAAGACAAGCUCUGAUUCUGCACUGACGGACAAGUACUACUGAGGAGGAGGAGGAGCCUGACACUUUCAGGCUGGUUUCUGAUUGGACAGCUUCACACUCACCUGUCGGAUAAACACUGGGACUUCAAUGAAUGAGCAGAAACGGAGGACGUUAAGAUGAAGUCAUUUAUCAUUUAUUCACCAGUUUGACUUAGGACAGAGAAACACAGAAGUCGACAUUUGAUUUGUCCAUCAUUCUGGCGUUCUCUGUCUUUUUCUUUCAAGAGUAAAACGAGCAAAUCGACAGCACUAAGAAAAUGUUCGUAUCCUUCGACACUCUUUGUUUACUGUGAGGUUUGAUUUAAAGGAAACCAAACUCUGCUCACUGCACUAAUACAAUUUAACAAGUCUCACCAUGAUGAAUGUCACCUGUGCAUUACGCUUUUUCAUUAGUUUAAUCAUACCACUAAAAUUGCCAACAAAGGCAACCUGUUCCCCUUCGACUGUCAGCACUUUCAUUCAUAAAAUAAUGUGUCAUCUGGACAUUGCACUAUUUUUCUCCUUUAUUUAAAACUUCGAGCUUCAAUCUGAAGUUGAAGGCUUCAGUUGUUUCCAAAAAAUGAUGAAAGCAGUCGAACAGGGAUAAAAUACUGCUGGCAUCAACAUAGAAUAGAAUAGAAUUACUUUAUUGAUCCCAAACUGGGAAAUUGUGGAACAUGUUAUUAAUGCCUGACAUAUAAUUUAUUUAGGGAGAUAUUCAUAUUUUAUUCUUAAAUUAAAAAUAAAUCCCUUCUGAUUGACUUUGCAGUCAGUGGAAAACAAAGUCGGGCUUUAUUUCGGGACACUACCGGUUCGCUGCGUAUGUGCGCGCACCUGUUCCUGUUAAAAACCAGAACAAUAAAAACGUACAUAAAUAAAUAACUUCUUUAUUUUCUUUUGAUUGACAAUCUUAGUGGUUUCACAGGAAUAAUGUAUGCAACACUGAGCAGUGAAAAGAGUGAGUGCUGUCAGAUGGGGCCCCCUUAGGGAGGUUUCCUACUGUCACUGCAAACUUUGCACAUAUUGAGUCACUGAUUUGGUUUAAAGUUUGUCAGCCCUCAGGGGCCCCCUUGUGGCCUGGGACCCCAAAGCAGUUACCUGCCCUGCCAGGAUUGCAAAUUAAAAACCCAUUAAUUUGACUCCGUCAUGGGGUUGAUUUUAUGAUUUCUUUCUCACAAAAUAACUACUGCGACUGUAAUUCUGUCAAUCUCUUUUGAAUAAGAGGUAUGAGGUAUGACACACCUGUAACUAACAGCAAACGUCAGUUAAGACACUAAACAUUUAAAAAUGUUAUCAGCUAAACUCAACAAUGGCGCCCAUCAGAUUGUCACUUUGUGCUAGUAGCUCCACCGCUGAGUCCCAGCAGCUAGCAUGUAGCCGCAGCUAACAGUCAGGUGUCUCUGAAUGUAACCAUAGCAACAGACAGGUGAAGCUGUUUUGUAUUUGCAUCUUUUUUUAAUAAAAGGGGUUUGUAUCAUAACUUAGAUACUUGCAAUACCAAUAAUUAUUUAUUUCUGAAUUAUUUUGUUUUCUAUCCAGUUAAAAUCUUGUUCAAAGAGCCUCUUCAUUUAUGAUUCACUUUAUUGAUUAUUGCCGAUGAUGCACACUGACGUUUUCUUGAUCUUAUGAAGGAAAUUCACCUCCGGUAGUGUUUUUUGUGGGCACUGGAGGACUAAUGUACUGAGAAAACGUUUGAAAUAUUUGACUCAUUAUUUGAUUUUACUCACAUGUUUUGACCACUUGCAGUUUUACAGUUUAAUGUAAUAAAAGAUAGAAAUCAU